AUGGCGUUAUCCUCCUCUUCACCCUCCUACUCAUCAUCAUCAUCAUUAGUAUUAUCAAACCGAGCCUAUCCUUUAUUCACCCUGCAGCUCAAACCUCUACCCACGCUGCAAUUAAUUCCCUCCACAACACACGCUGCAAUUCCGGCCUUCACCGACCACGCUGCAGUUCACUUCAUAAUACACGCCGUAAUUCACUCAACAUGCUACGCUAUAGAUGACUUCACAACGCAAGCUGCAGUUGUCUCCAUGAUCAACACCGCAGCCGUCUCAAUAGCAGAUGCUGCUGUUCAUUCUCCGAAUGACGCGGCUAUUGACUCCACACCCCACGCGGCUAUUGACUCCACAAUCAACUCCACAACCCACGCGGAUAUUGACUCCACAAUCAACUCCACAACCCACGCGGCUAUUGACUCCACAAUCCACUCCACAAAUCACGCGGCUAUUGACUCCACAACCCACGCGGCUAUUGACUCCACAAUCAACUCCACAACCCACGCGGCUAUUGACUCCACAAUCAACUCCACAACCAACGCGGCUAUUGACUCCACAAUCAACUCCACAACCCACGCGGCUAUUGACUCCACAAUCCACUCCACAAACCACGCGGCUAUUGACUCCACAAUCCACUCUGCAAUAGUAUCACAAGGUCAAUAUACAGCUUCAGAGGUAGUAUCGCAAGGUCAAUACACAGCUUCAGAGGUAGUACCACAAGACCAAUACACAGCUUCAGAGGUAGUAUAA